UGACCGACCUGACCGCGGCAGCUUUAGUUACGCGUUCGGUAUGUGUUGUUUCUGGAGUGCAUCUGUAUUCUCUGUUGCUCUUUUCACGGCCCUUGGACGUCCUAUCCAGGAUGAUCAAACUCUCGCUGAUCCCCCUCUUCCUUUUCGCUUUCACUGGUCUUGCAUCCUCCGCUCCCGAUGGAAAUCUCUCGCCGACUUCAGAUGAAGCGAAAGAAGUGGCCCAGCACUGGUUGGAGUCUUUCGCAGACGGUCUAAAGCAGUCGGGCGCCAAAGACGUCAAAGUGGGCAAGAUUGGUAUAGAGGACGAAGUUCCCUUGUUAUCACCCUCUAGCAUACUUCCGCCGAGCUUCAGACAUGAUCCAGCAGGUCAGAUCUUUGCCCGAAACAUUACAGGGCGCUAUCGAGGGGCUCAAGUCCAUCCGCUCUCCCUCUCCUCUCCUCCCGCUCGAACUCAACAUUCAUCCUAUUGGUCUUCCCUCAAUCCACCCUUCAAUACCAAUCUACCUAUCACACCGCCAGAUGAUGACCAGAAGCCAGCAGACAAAUGGCGAUGGCAAGAUACGACCCGCCUCGACAUGUCAUUCAUCGAAACCGCCCCUAUAGGCAUCAAUCAUAUCAAAGCCUCUUCAGGGGAGUCCCCCUUCUACUCUUGGGGCACCGGCGACUGGCUGUUCGCCGAAGGCUCCCUCACCCUGACUUCCGCAUCCCCUGCUUUGUUGGGCUUGUGGAACAACGAGGACGUGGUCAGAUACGACUUUUACGGAAUGCACUACAUUCCUAACGGGACCAUCAACCUCUAUGCCCUUCCCCGAGGAAAACACAUCUUGCCGAUAACAUCCAAAGUUCCGGAUUGGGGACAGGGUAAUAUCCUGGAUGGGUUGGUGACGGAUUUAUCAGAGAAGAUGGAUGUAAAGAAGCAGCUGGCUUGGUAUAGCCACGUGUGGUUCAACACGCCGUUUGACAUUGAAGAAAAAGGAUUGGUGACUGAAUGCCCGCUCUCUAUACACAUAACCUUCCCUCCUUCUGCCGACCUAGCGAAAUCAAACAUCACCUCUACAAACACCGACUACGUUCUUUCUUCACCCCGCCUAGCCGGUGUAGCUAUAGCUGAAGGCUGUGGCUGGGCUCUGGGGUUUGAAGGCGGUGGCUUUUUUGAACCAACGUCUUUCAUACGGUACCAAAAUGUCUUUCUCAUCAUUACCUACCUGGUCGCUGGCCUUAAACCUUUCAUACGAGCUCCUGGGACCAUAGUUGCAUCUGUGCCAACCUUAACAACAUGGUUUAUGCUCUUGGCAGACUGUCUGGUGAUGCUCCAUGCAGGCGGGCAUGGCAUACGAGAGAAAAUUGGGAAGGAGGAGGUGAUGGUGGUCAUGAUCUAUCUCGCAUCUCAGUGUUGUGUCACACUUUUUGAGUAUAAUGAGUUUUGCGCCGGCUACUGGCCGCAUGUGAGAGUAGUACCUUCACCGCUCGGCCUCCUUCUCGGUUUGCUGCGAAGGAGAGAGGAGGGAAGGCAUAACAGACCCUGGGUCCUGCCCAGACGAGUAUUCUUCCAAUGGCUCAUUGUUCUUCUCCCCCUUUUCUGGGUGACAUUCCCGUAUAUCUUCAGCCCCCGCAUUUUUCCUUUGGUGCUGUUUGCGGCGAGCUCGUUCUGGACCCCGUCAAUCCUAUCGAGCGCAUUUACAGGAGUGACGUAUCGUUGGAAUUGGCAAUUCGUGCUUGGCCAAACUAUCGUGAGGAGCGGCCUGCUACUUUGUGAUUGUUUAUCUUGUUCUUUAUAUGUUUGCCUGGGAGAAAAAUCCGUUUUUGACAAGGCGGAAGAAGUGGGUCUGGAUCAUUGUUUCUUGGCAAGUCGGCCAGAUCUGGGUAUUGUAUCAGCAGACUCGAAGGAGACCCGACUUUUUUUUGCCGAAGAGUAUGGCGUUACCAAGGCACAAUUAUCAACCUACAACUGUGCCGGCUUUGCUCGAAGAAAAGGACUACGAAUGUCCGAUCUGUUACGAGAUCGUUUAUCUUCCUGCGCAGGCCAUCACCCCGAUGCCCUCUUCCGAACAACAGGCCAAUGAGGCGCUCGCGCUUUCGAAAGAGGGACAAGGAGAAGAAAACGCGCAAGUGGCGACGGGAGAGGGCGAGCCGGAAGUGGCUCUCCGUGAAAGAGGACCAGGUCAAGAAGGGGAAGAGAAGGGAGAACGUGAUUACGCCAUCACACCUUGUAAUCAUGUCUACCACAUGUCUUGUAUGAAGGAAGUCAUGAAGGUGCAUUCUCUCUGUCCGUUAUGCCAGGCGGCUUGGCCGAGCGUGGACUAAUUACGUAGGGCUUGUUGUGUAGGAAAUGGUGAAGAUGGAACGGAUAGUCCCAGUAUGUAGUACACGAUGUUCAUUCUCCGCCUUUCCACGAUCCGUACGUUUGCAUCACCCAGCAAGUACAUACACGUGCGUAU